AUGUCUUUUCAUUUCAUUGACCAAAGACUUCUUCGAUUUUUCCUUACCGACGAGCUCAGGCCCAAAGUCGUGAACGACAUGCUCACCCAUCGUUCUCAUCCCCAAGAAGCGUACUUCUGUGUACGGUCAGAGAGACCUAAAAUGGACCAAGAUGGCAACCAAGACUCGCCGCUGUCGAUUGCCGCCAACAUGGCCGGUCUUCUGACGUUUGUCUUUGCCGUGGCGGCGACGGUGUACGCGCGCAUCCGGUACCUGCAGAGCAGCAGCACCGAGUACCUAGGCGUCAAGACGAGCUUAUCCUGGUACAAGACGGAGUCGACGUGGCUAUCACACCUCAUCCGCACACAGGAGACGCAACCGACGCAGCGCGCGAACGCCGACGAGGAUGCAGACGCAAGCAGCGCCGACGAAAAGAGCAGCGCCGACGACAAGAGUAGCAGCGCAGAGUGGCCGCGACACCGCCGCCGCGCAGGACUCGAUGAUGCGGUACCGACGGCGCAGCGCGUUGAUCAGCAGAUGUUUGCAUUCGUCAUGGAGGACUUGCUGAACUUGGAGCAGCGGCUGCUCGACAUGGUCAGUGACGUGGAGUCACGCGCGGAUCCAAACGGCGGGAUGGGCGUCUCGUGGUCACUGGUGCCGUGGACGUGGCACGGCAGCCGGCCGUCGAUCGCGGUGGCCUGGCUGGGCGUGCGGACAAAGGCGCUCGAGCUUGUGCGGCAGCGAGAAGCGCUGACGGCGCGCGUGCAGUUUCUGCAGCUCGGUAUGAUUGCGUCGCGUCUGCAUGCGCUCGAAGGUCGGGUGGCCGCAGAUCGACAACGGGACAGCCGGGUGUUGUAG